AUGGUAUCCCGAAGCCACUCAUCAACACCAGUGCCAAUAGAUGCUAGUCAUCCUAUCCAUUCCCUAAAUAUUGGUAAUCAAGACCAAAUAGCAUCCUUGUCCAAACAAACACCUAUAAUCUUACUAAACCAACAAGAAGAAAAUGGAUUUCAAACACCAGAGUUAGUUGCGUUAAGAAACAGCAACAAAUACGUGUUCGUUAUCAACUGGCUCUACAAUUACCGAGGCUAUUUAAAACUCCAAUCAGAGUUAUUUGAUGUUGAUUUAUUUGAAUUGGAAUUAUUGGGCUUUUUCAGUGCAUUCGAUUUAUCGAGUCUAUUCAUCAAUAAAUUAAAAUUGGCAUUAAUCACGUCUGUUCAGAACUCUAAACAUGUUGAGUUAGAAGAUUUUGAGUUUGUGUUCCGUUCUCACUUUGGGAGUGACUCUCCACUUGGUGUCCAAACAGACAAUGAACAAGAUUCGGUAAAAUUUGACCUUCUAAACAUCACAGAGAAGUUUGACAUCUUGUACAUUUUAAUUAACUACAUUUCAAAGUAUUCCAAGUUCAGAGAUUGGACGGAAAAACAGGGACUAGCAACUAGACUUGACCCACUAUUCAAAUUGUCACUGACUGAAUAUUUUUCAUUAUUUGAUGAUAAUCGAUUAUACAAACGAACAAUAACUUAUUAUCCCUUGACCAUUCCCAAGAAAAGAAAAUUAUCACCUGAAUCACCACAAGAUUAUUUUGAGGAGAAAGUUUUUGAUGUUAAAGAUGUUAAAUUUGAAUUGAUAUACAAGAACAUCUACGAGUUCAACGAAUAUUUGACCAAAAUCAAAAAGAGUCUGGCCCAUAAAUUGUUAUAUACCAAAUUGGCAGGUAAGUCUAGUGCCAUCAUUGACACAAUUUUCAACAACGAAAUAAAAAAGAGAAAAUAUUUAAUAAACAAGCGUAAGGAGAUUCAAAUGGUUAACCUAUUGGCAGUACGUAAAAGAAGUUCUCGUUUAGAGGCCAAAAAGCAACGGCAAGAAGAAUUAGACAGACAGAGAGAAGAAGAAUCAAAAUAUGCUGCCGAAAGAAGAUUUGAACGAAGAAUGAAAUUGAAAAAUACUGAAAACAUAGAUACGGGUAAAUUGUCAAGAGAUCAAAGAAUGAAGUUGAGACAAUUGAAUAAUGAGUCAACCCCAGAAACAGAAACUAAUCCCACACCAGAACCAGAACAACCAGAAGUUAUCGUUCUCGAUUAA